GCUUGCGAAAAUUAACAAAAAUGGCGAUGAUGCAAGAGCGUGGUGGUGUAGUGGAGCAGGAGGAGGAGGCCGACAUGGGAGCUGGAGGACCCCUUCUCAUCCAGACGUUGGAGCAAAAUGGUAUAUCAGCAACAGACGUCAAAAAGCUAGAGGAAAAAGGUUAUUACACUGUUGAGUCUGUUGCCUUUGCCCCCAAGAAAGCACUGCUGGAGAUUAAGGGAAUCAGUGAAGCUAAAGCAGACAAGAUAUUGACAGAAGCAUCUAAGUUAGUGCCCAUGGGUUUCACAACUGCGACAGAGUUCCACCAGAAGCGAGCUGAUUUGGUGCAGCUCACAACAGGGUCUAAAGAAUUAGACAAACUACUGGGUGGAGGAAUAGAAACAGGUUCCAUCACCGAGAUCUUUGGUGAAUUCCGAACAGGGAAGACCCAGCUCUGCCACACCUUAGCUGUCACCUGCCAGCUGCCUUUAGAAAUGGGUGGUGGAGAAGGGAAGUGCCUCUAUAUCGACACAGAGGGAACCUUCAGACCUGAGCGUCUCCUUGCAGUUGCAGAUAAAUUUGGUCUCAAUGGUGCAGAUGUCUUAGACAAUGUUGCAUAUGCACGAGCGUACAACUCAGACCACCAGACACAAUUGCUGAUACAAGCUGCAGCUAUGAUGGCAGAAUCCAGAUAUGCUCUCUGCAUUGUCGACAGUGCAAUGGCUCUCUAUCGAACAGACUAUGCAGGCAGAGGGGAGCUUUCUGCAAGACAAAUUCACUUAGCUAGAUUUUUACGAAUGCUUCUCAGACUUGCCGAUGAGUUUGGUGUGGCAGUAGUGAUAACAAACCAGGUGGUUGCCCAGGUGGAUGGGGCAGCCAUGUUUGCCGCUGAUCCCAAGAAACCCAUCGGAGGCAAUAUCAUGGCACAUGCAUCAACCACAAGAUUAUACCUGAGAAAAGGCAGAGGAGAAACUAGAAUAUGCAAGAUCUAUGAUUCUCCUUGUCUGCCCGAAGCGGAAGCCAUGUUUGGCAUAUACGCUGAUGGCAUAGGAGAUGCUAAAGACUGAAGCUACUUCCUGAACCUCAUAAAAAGAUUUUAUAACAUUAAAUAUACUUGUUUACACACUAACUAGAGACCGACGUUUAGUAAGGUUGCCUAGUUUCUUGUGGUAUUCAAGUAACGAACAAGAAUUUUAUGAUGUUAGCUAGAUUUUUAUAUGUGCAAACUGCAGACUCUUGUUUAGUGGACCACUGUAUACAAUGCCUUUAAUGCCAUUGAAGGGUAAGUGCUGAUCUUGGAGAGAAUAUGUAACCAAGUGCAAAGAUUGUCGCUGAAAGAGCCUGGACAUGUAGGUUAUCUCGUUUUAUUAUGAUUGAAUAAAAAAAAUAUAUAUAUUUACAUAUAUUGGAUAUCACUGAUCACUACAAUAAUAAGUAAUGACUUGUGCCGUAAGGUUUGUGUUUUUUUUCUUCUCAAUUUCGCUUAGACUCAUAAUUUGGUGCAUUUUCAUAG